AUGGAUCUGAAAAACACGUCAUAUGGCUCCAAUAUUCUUCUAAUAUUCGGACUCUAUGGAAUCCAAUGUUUGAUCCCCGCUAUACUCUUAAUCUUCACAGCGAAACAAUCAUCUCUGCGAUAUCUAUUCAUCCCAUGUCUAGCCAUAAUCGCAUACCAGUCCAUAGGCCUGGCAACGGCGCUAGGACCUGGAUUUGUCUGGUGUGAGCUGGCACGUCUAUUCGUGACUGUAUUCUUCCAAGCUUUAAAUCUGCUUCUUAUCAACGCGAAAGAUAGCUCUGAUAUUCCCUUGGAAACAGGCUCCAGCUUCACUACGCGUGUUUACUACGCGAUAGGGCUAUUUACACAGCCCCGGGGAAUCAACACGCCCUGGCAAGUCAAAAACACAUCACCACAUCCAGCUUAUCAUACGCGAAGGAAUUUUACAGAACCGCCUCGGAAGAGGUUCUUGAUUCGUCAGUUUAUUAUUGCAGUAUGGCAGUAUCUCGCGCUUGAUUGUUUUUCUACUAUCGCGUUGCAGCAAGCAUUGGAACAGAGGAAAAAUAAUCCUCUACCUCCUACUGUUCAGUGGGAUUUGUCGACGGAGCAAUGGAUUGAACGGAUUAUUUCGAAUCUGGUUGCUGGGUUUAUUGUUAGCAGGAUGUUAAUUGACUUUUAUCAUCGCGCUUUUUCUGUAAUUGUUGUUGGCCUUGGACUUGACUCUCCUGCAAACUGCCCUCCCCUUUUUGGAAGAGCAGCGGAUGCAGGUUCGCUAAGAGGAUUCUGGGGGAAAUUCUGGCAUCAGCUAGUCAGACAACCGUUUGGCUCAGUCAGUGCAUUCAUCACUCGCAGCAUACUGGGGCUACCAUCAAAGUCCACGAUAGAACAAUACACAAGGGUGUUGCUUGUUUUCUUCUUUUCCGGUGGCUUGCACGUUAUCCUGGAUAUCGUCCAGGGAAUCCCGGGCGAGGAGUCUGGCGCUAUGCUACUAUUCAUGACAGCAGGGUUAGGCCUCAUGAUUGAGGAUGGUAUCAAAGAUUUGUGGCGAAAGAUCAGCGCAGGUCGCAAGGCUGGAGAAUCACGCAACAAGGAUACUUCAAUUCCUUUGUGGCAAAAGGUUGUAGGAUUCAUGUGGGCUAUGGUAUGGUUGGGUAUCACAUCGACUUGGUACUUCUAUCCACAGAUGGUCCGACCCGAAAAUCAGAACCUUGUCCCCUUCAGCCUUGCGAGUCAGGUUGGGCUACCUGUAGUGGGGGCAGCUGUUUUGAUCGGGGGUCUUCUUGUGGCCUUGGUGUUUGAGGUUGAGAUCUGA